GACAAAAGAAUACAUGAGAAGAUUGGAGCUGCAGCAGAGGAGAAGGCAACAUGAGAAUAUAGCCAUCGCACAUCAUACCACAUCAUACACAUAGCUAGUAUACAUUACCAGAAACAUCAUCACCAUCAUCAUUACUACUUUUAUUAUUUUAUGCUCACUAUUCAAUAGAGAAGUUUAAAACUCCAGUUUUGUAAUUCAGAACACUGUUCCCAUGAUGUCAUACCUGUGGAUUCUCCUGCUGGGCAGUUUGGUGAUUGGAGCCAAGACACAAGAAGACCCUGCUGCUGAGCCAGAAACAAAGGAAGCAGAGGCAGAAGCAGCAGAGCCCGAGGCAGAAGCAGAGGAAGUAGCCGCAGAGGAGGCCCCAGCAGCUGAGGAGGCUCCGACAGAAGAAGUGGAGGAGGCUGCAGAAGAGGAGGAGGCUGCAAGUUCUGAGGUGGCUCCGACUACAGACCAAGAGGCUGCAGCUGCAGAAGGGGAGGCUCCGGCUACAGACCAAGAGGCUGCAGCUGCAGAAGGAGAGGCUCCGGCUACAAAGGAUGAGGCUGCAGCUGCAGAAGGAGAGGCUCCGACAGAGGACACAGAAGUAGUAGAAGAACCAGCAGUGGAAGUAGAGGUGGCCCCUGAAGCUGAGCCAGAACCAGCGGAGGCGGCAGAACCAGAAGCAGAGGAACCUGCUGUAGAAGAGGAAGCUGCAGAGUCGGAAGCGGCGCCUGCACCAGAAGACGGAGGUGAACUAGAUCUGUCUGAAGCUGUUGAACCAGAAGCUGAGCCUGAAGCACAAGAGGAGAGCGAGCCCACAAAGAAGACACCCACGGGAGGGAAGAGCCGCAGAGGGGGCUCAGUUGGCACAGCGGAAGCUCAAGGGGCUAGCUCUGGCUCGGUUGUGAGCAUUCUGUGUGCUAUCGGCGUCGCGAUCGUUGGAGCUGCCACCGGAUACUUCGCCUAUCAGAGGAAGAAGCUCUGUUUCAAGAACAGUGGAGGGGACGUAGUGAGUGCCCCUAAGGAGAAGGCUGAGACCCAGUCAGAUCCCCAGGGUACGUAUACUCAGCAACUUGCUGACUAAUUCAUCCUAGAUCAUCUGAGAUUCCACUGGAAAAGAACCAGGACCAGCGGCAGAGUUUCCCAUAACGCACACACACACACACACACACACACACACACACACACACACACACACACACACACACACACACACACACACACACACACACACACACACACACACACACGCGCGCAUACGCAAACACUCAAACACAGAUUCGUCUCAAUCUUUAGGCCUUGAACUGAUAUAGCUGUAAAACUGUGAGAUAGUUGUGUGGGGUUAUGAACCUUCAGCACCACGUUAGAGUGUGAGACCAAUCAGUAGUAUCUCUGUGUCUUCUAAUGAUCACAUUUGUAAUCUGUUUAAAGGGGUGACAUUUUCUGUCCACUAAACCGCACCGAAACAAUGUAAGCCUAUUUCUCCUAAUACUAGUACUGGGAUGUACUGUACUGUAGCUCAGAACCUCAUUCUAUGUUGUCUAUGAGAAGGCAAGGCAAUUUAUAUGGAUCUAACGUAAACAAUGUGUAUAGGCACAGCUCAUGAUUAUUAGUUCCUAGACUAUUUUGGAUAAAAUGGCUCCUCUAUUUGAAAUGGUACCUUUGUUUGUUGUUGGUUUCUUUGCAAUGAUUUAGCCUGGUCCCGUGUUGAUUGUGCUAUAUCCAACUCUUUUAGCCUGGUCCCAUAAUGAAUGUAGCCAACUCCUUUAGCCUGGUCCCAUAAUGAAUGUAGCCAACUCUUUUAGCCUGGUCCCAUAAUGAAUGUAGCCAACUCUUUUAGCCUGGUCCCAUAAUGAAUGUAGCCAACUCUUCUAUCAUUGUCAAGCCAUACACAUUUGGGGUAACAAUUAAGGAACUCCGAGAUGAGUUGGCUAAAGCAGCAACAGACUGGACCACCUGGCAAGUAGUGUUGUUCAGGAAGCUGUAUGAGAGCUGGUAAGUGGAAGCUGUAUGAGAGCUGGUUAAGAGGACAGAAGAAGUCACCCCUGUUGUGUGUUUGCUUGGUAUUUGGGGGGCUUGGAGACCUUUACUGGUGGGUUGUCUAAAAUGUAACAAUGAAUGUGAACAUUUAUCAAAUCAAAUCAGAGUUUAUUAGUUGCAUGCAAAGGGUCGCAGAUGUAAUUGCAGGGUACAGUGAAAUUUUUAUGCUCCGAGCGCCAAAAAUGCAGGUCAAAGAGCUCUGUUGAAAUAGUCUGUGUUACAAUAUAAUGCUGUACUGCUCUGUAAAUGCCUUACAUUAGAUGGUUCACCUGGCAGGCCUGACCACGAUUCUAUCUCACUACUAGUGCCAGUCUGAAAUGGCUCCCUGUUUCCUCUAUAGUGGAAUACUUUUGGAGCCCUGUUAUGAAAAGAAUAGGGUGCCAUUUUGGACAUAGUUCAGGGGGGGGGGUUCGAGGAGUACGGCCUGCGGGCCGUAUCCGACACUUCAAUCCGGCCCGUGAGACAUACCCCCUUUUCUCCCCAAUUUCGUGGUAUUCAAUUGGCAGUUACAGUCUUGUCCCAUUGCUGAAACUCCUGUACGGACUCGGGAGAGGUGAAGGUCGAGAGCCAUGCGUCGUCCGAAACACGACUCAGCCAAGCCGCACUGCUUCUUGACACAAUGCCCGCUUAACCCGGAAGCCAGCCGCACCAAUGUGUCAGAGGCAACACCGUACACCUGGCGACCGUGUCAGCAUGCAUGUGCCUGGCCCGCCACAGUAGUUGCAAGAGCACGAUGGGACAAGGAAAUCUCGGCCUGCCAAACCCUCUCCUAACCCAGACGACGCUGGGCCAAUUGUACACCGCCUCAUGGGUCUCCCAGUCACGGCCAGCUGUGACACAGCCUGGGAUCGAACCCGGGUCUGUAGUGAUGCUUCAAGCACUGCAAUGCAGUGCCGUAGACUGCUGUGCCACUUGGGAGGCCUCCGCAAAUUGAUUUUAACAAACAAUUGGUCCCCCAAUUCUUGAAUAUCAAAAUCCCGAUGUGGCCCUCGAGCAACGUUUGCCCACCCCUGCUCUAGACUUAGGCAGGACUGUCACACACAUCACCAUGGAGACUGUCAGGGGUCUCCAACGCCCGUCCUGGAGAGCUACUGGGUGCACUGUGCUGUUAACGCAGGUCUGGAACAAAAGCCUGCACACCCAGCAGCUCUCCAAGAUCAGAAUUGGAGAACCCAGUGCCUGCUUCACACUAUCGGGCUGACCCGAACAAUACUGUGCUGGCCAGCAUAUUUUCUUUUCAUAUUGUCCUUUCUAACAAGGCUCCAGCAACUAUGGUGGAUGUGUAACCAGGCCAGCCCAGUACAGCUUCACAGUCGAAGACUAAAACUCCGGAGAAGCACUUUCUGUUUAGCCUGGUCCCAUGAUCUGUGUGUCCUUUAGCCAAUUAACUGCUCUGAAUAUCAUUGUCUUGACAAGGCCUCUUUUGGAGAAGCACUUUCCCAAUCUGGUCAUGUUUUGAGUAAUGAUGAUACAAGUUGCUAUACAGAGACCUACGGUCUUCUAUUUAAGGAAUCUGUCUUUAUCUUGUGUUUGAGAAUUGUGUGAUUUUAAUCUUUUAGCACUUAUUUGUUUUGCUUUGAAUAAUGUUGGAGACCUGAAUAAAGGAGCUGUUAAGGGGGAA